AUGGCAGAACCCCGGUUAUCUGCUAUGGAGCAACAUUUCCUUAAAAAGGAGUUAAUCAACUUGGAAUUGACCAUGGAGUUUAACAAGUUGUCUCCGACUUAUACGGAUACGUUUGGACUGCGACGGUUUGGGCCUCCGUUCAAGAUGUAUGAUCCUUCCAGCAAGCCGGAGAUGGCCCCCGAAUUGGCCAAAUUGGCGGCCGAUGGGUACCAGGAACACUUCGAUUCGGAGUUUCCGUUGCUUAGGUUUGUGUUUAAUGAGUUCCUGGUCACUUUCCCGUUCAUCAAGAUGCAUCUAGAACAUCUUCAGUCUCCAGACGAGUUCUGGAAUAAAGUCCAGGUGUUUUGGGAGAUGUGGAGAACAAAGAAGAUUAGCAGCAGCAACGAUAGAGGAGAGGUGAGCAAGCGAAAACUGAUGGUUUACAAAUUACAGGCGUUGUUGUUGGUUCUGUUCAAUUCUGCUAUUUAUUGCACAGCUGACAAGGAAUACUUUAGCACCAGUGAACACAGAAAUACAUACAAGAAAAUGAACAAGCUUACCGCGGGGGAGCUGAAAUUUGAGCAGAACGACGAGUUUCACUUUGUUAACGGAUUGGAUAUCAAUGUUAUUGGGGUGGUGGCAGCAAAGGAGCAGAAAACCAGAUAUUUCAUUGCUUCCACGGAGUCCAGCUACUACAAUUUCAUCAUUCGCGUGCGAAAAGAGGACGGAACACAGUGGUGUGUCAAGAGAAGGUACUCGCAGUUUUCCGAGUUUGACAAGCUGAUUGGCAAACAGUUUGCUGGGUCGGAUCUGCCGUUCCUGCCGUCUAAGACGAAAGCAAAGGUGAGCUUACCUGCUGUUAACGAUAUCGAGAAGGAGUCUGUUACAGAGGAUGCUGUUGAUGUUGGACAGUUGGAAACGAUGUUUUUGAACACGCUACGUCGCUCGUUCAACGAGGAGAAGAGCGUUGAGGUUCAGGAGGACGAGCACGAGUUUCCAAGAGAAAGUUUGAGAAUAGCAUUACGGGGAUAUUUACGGUCGUUGGCGUGGAUCGAGCCGGUGAGCAGGUCCAAAGAGUUCCUGGAGUUCAUUUCGCGUGAGCCAGUGGAGCUCACUGUUCAGGAACAGCACGAGGCAGAACAACGGAGACAGCUGGACUAUUACACCGAGUUGCAACAUUUCAAGUUUCAGCAGGAAACAGUGCGCGCUGUGAACGAGUUGGAGACACAAAUGGAGCAACUAAAGAAGGAGGUGAUGACAGACGGGUUUGCGUAUGUUUUCAGGCAGUUGGAGACCAAAAGCAGCACCAAAGAGCUCUCGAAACCGCUGCAGUCGCUAAUCCAGCUGGUGCAGAUCGAAGUUGCAUCCACGAUCUACGAGCUGUUUGUUGGCAGCGACAAUUCUCGAGAGACAUUGACACUGAUAAAACGGUUGCACCAUCUGUUCCCGUACGGACUGGUUGCGACGAUUUUGCGGUUUACGAAUCCGUUGCAGAUUGUCAAGCGAUUGAUCGAUCUGUUCACUUUCCAGAUGCCUGUUGGGUUUGGCAAAAAGAGUCGGUCGUUGCUGCAGGUGAUAUUUUCCGGGGUUUUGGACGAUGAUCUCAAGAAAUGCGAGAAAGAGCUCGAUAAGAUCAGACAGGUUGUUGCCGAGAAGGGUCCAAAAUACACGGCCUUGUUGCGGAAAAUCGACGAGUACUUCACUGCGCCGGACGAUGUGGUUUUGCAGGUGAAGAAGACCAGUCAGAGGUCUGGAGUUGGGAUUUUCCCGUGUCUUUUACUGAACAACAACGGAUUGAGCACCAAGAUUGAGGAUUCGAUUUUAAUUGAGCUUCUGGAGCUACUGAAACAGGAAAAAACGUUGGAGAACAACGUGUAUUCCAGCACGAGUUCGUAUUUCCGCACGAUGCUGCGCAAACUCGACAAGAUCUCACUAAAAGAGCUGUGGGACGAGCCCGAGCUGAUCGAUCUGAUUAAAGAACUGCUGGCGAUCUUUUUCCAGCCGUUGAUCCGACUUUUCAAGAGCGCCCAGAUGCACCUGUAUGUGCCCGUGUUCCACCGGUACAUGAACGAGCUGAUCCAGCUGGCGGAGCAUUUCCAGAACAACCAUUUCUCGUCGAACGUGGUGGCCAGUUUCAUGGGGUUGCAGGACAAGUACCAGGAGGACGUUUACGAUUUCAUGCACCGGCUGUAUGUGAGCGACCAACAGCAGGGCCAGGGGAUGUUUUCUGGGUUUCUGGAGUGGUUCAACCGGUUUGUGCGAUUUCUACGGUUUGUGAAGGACGACAGACCCGAUUUGGAGCUGGAUCUGAACGGGCUGGGGCUUGACGAGGAGGUGAAGAAGGAAGUGGCUACGAUUGUGGCGGAGGUAGAGGAGAAACGGCGGCAGUACGAGCGUCUUGCGCAGCAGGAGUCGCGGGCCAAGCCGCGACAGCUGGAAGAGAACUGGGACAAGCUCAACAGCCGGAUCGUCGGGCUGGGCGGUGCAGACACGGACCUGGACCGGUUGGGAGAGUAUGUUGGGGUGCGGAACGAGGACCUUGUUGAUCUGAACGUUGCGCUGGCGCCGGAAGACGAAAGCCACGGGGUAUUUUCGCAUCUGGGCCCGGCCCAGUUUCUUGCGUACGUUGCAAGUUUAAACGUGAGCGACGAAGAGUUUGCCGCAGAGGACCAGCUGGGCGAGUACAAAAACCGGGCGAUUUCCAAGCUGGAGCCUGAGUUCAAAGCCCAAACAUGGCAAAUCCUCGAAUGGUGGAACAAAUCACAACAGUCUAAAGAUAUUACUUAG